AUGGCGUAUAGAAGGAAGUUGAAGCGAGAUGCCCUUUCGACGCAAGACCCACCGAUGAAGAAGAGAAAACUCUCAAAAGAAAACGAUCCUCCCUCAACAUUUACAAACCCUGCCCCUUCAACAUCUACAAACCCAGCUCCCGAUAUCUCCUCUCCUGAAGAAGUAAUGGAAAUUUCUCAAACAAACUACGCGCCGCAUCCUGACAGUACAAGAAACACUCCAAAACAGUCCUUCCUAUCUGUAACACCGAAAUCCCUUUCGCAAUGUAAUUCUUGCCCACUCAAGACAAAGUCAAAUAAAAGCCUCAAGAAAAAGAACGUUAGAUUGUCUAGGCAAGUUGCUGAGCUGAGGAAACUUGUUAAAGAACUACGAAGUAAAGUUGCAGUUGAUACUGAAGAAGAACCAGAAGAUGAAUCAUUGGACAAGAGUGAUACUGAAGAGCAAGAAAGUGAAAAUGCAAAGGACCAAGAACAAGUUGACUCAGAAAGUGAAAAUGCAAAGGACGAAGACUGGACUUAUGCAGUAAUUGAAGAGAGUACAGGGACAGAAAACAGUGGCAACGAAACAGAUGAGACAAUCCACAAUAAUGUCAGGAUUGAUCCAAAUGCACCAGCUUAUGACCAACCGAAAUUUAUCGUCUAUUACUGGAAUCUUGUCAAUUUGUUUAGUUUGUUUUGUUUUAAAUGUAAAGAGUCUUGCCCUACUGUAACAGCGCAGUCCAUUGGAACAAUGAUAGAUAUUACACAACAUUGUGCAAAAUGCAAUGAUAACUACAGAUGGCAGUCCCAGCCACUCCUUCAAGGAGGAAUUUCAGCUGGAAAUUUAUUAUUGAGUUUUUCAAUUCUGAUGGCUGGCGCAUCAAUAAGCAAAAUAUUGCUUAUAUUCAAACACCUUGGCCUGUCUGUGUAUACAGCGAGAACCUACUUCAGACACCAGAGGAACUAUCUUUUCCCAAUAGUGCUCAGUUAUUGGGAAAAGUACCAGGAAUCUCUUGUAAAAAAACUGAAAGAAAUGAAAGAUGUUGUGUGGACUGGCGAUGGGCGCUUUGAUUCAAUGGGGCAUUCAGCCAAGUAUGGAGCAUAUUCCAUGUUCUCGACUACAGUAAUGAAGAUUGUCCAUUUUGAAAUAGUACAGGCAAAUGAGACAGGUGGAAGCCAGCAAACUGAGAUUGAGGGCUGCGAAAGAAGCUUCAAGUUCCUAAAAGGCCUAGGGCUAAAGAUACCAGUUUUUAUUUCCGACCGGCAUAGAGGUAUUGCUAAAUGGAUAAGAAUUUCCUGUCCACAAACCCAGCACUAUUACGAUAUUUGGCAUAUUGCAAGGUCAGUUACCAAAAAGCUACUAAAAGCUAGUAAAGAAAAAGGAUGCGAAGGGAUUGCAUGUUGGAUCAAGGCCAUUAAGAAUCAUCUAUACUGGUGCGGGACAUCAACAACACCAGGCUUCGGUGCUUUAAUCGAAGCCAAGUGGACAUCAUUCUUACGACAUGUUGCUAACAAACACAAAAAUCACCCAAAUACAUUAUAUAAGGAAUGCCAUCAUUCUGAUCUUGCACCAAGAAAAUGGAUCAAAAUAGGAACAGUGGCCUAUCAAAAAUUGAGUGGAUUGUUAACUAAAACUGUUCUGCUAAAUGACAUCAAGAAGCUGUCAUCAGAUGCACAGACAAGCUGCUUGGAAGGGUUCCAUGCCACGCUGAACCAUUGGCACCCGAAGAUGAUUCACUUUUCAUGGUUAGGAACAUAUUGCAGACAUGCUCUAGCAAGCCUACACUUCAAUGAAAAUGUACAAAGAGAAACUCAAAUUAGAAAAAAUGGUGCAAAGCAAGUGAAAAUCAACUAUCCUAAAUAUAAACUUGGAGAAGAAGUUGUACAUGAUGUUAAAGUUCCCCCAACAUAUGGUUAUGUAACAGAAAUGAAGAAAUUACUGUUAAGUGUGCCAAAAAAUGCAUUGGACAAGACAUAUUCAAAAUAUGCUUCAAAAGCUCCAGAACCUCUAACUGCACAGUUUACAGAAAGAUCAAGCAAAGAACAAGCUGUUGAAGCUUACAGGAAACGGAAAGAUUGUGCUAUUCAACUCUUUCCCACAGAUUGUGAGUAA